AUGGAUUCCGAGGAUGAUUUCCUGUCCGCUGUCUCCAGUGAGGAUGAUAUCCUUCCGGAUGACAGCGACAACGAUGAUAUCUCUGGUGCUGAUGACUUCGAUUUCGACGAUGAACCGGAACCAGACCUGGAUUUCCACAAGGAUUUCGGCCAACGAAAGAAGGUUGCAUACGACGUCAGCUUCAAGAUCUACGAGCCUUCGGAUAUCCAGAAGCAGCAAGAUGACUUGAUCGACGAAGUCAACAUGAUUCUCGAUAUCGAGAAAGAGGAGGCUGCUAUUCUAUUACGCCACUUCAGAUGGAACAAAGAGCGUCUGAUCGAGGAUUACAUGGACAAGCCCCGCCAGGUACUCGAAGCUGCCGGCCUCGCACAUAACAUGUCGGGAGCCCCCAAGCUGCAGACCAUUCCCGGCUUUGUUUGUGAUAUCUGCUACGAGGAUGGCAAAGGUCUCCAAUCCUUCGCAAUCAAGUGUGGCCAUCGCUAUUGCGUUGACUGCUACCGACAUUACCUCUCGCAAAAGAUCCGCGAGGAGGGAGAGGCAGCCCGGAUCCAGUGUCCCAGCGACGGCUGCAACCUCAUCAUCGACGCGCGGUCGCUCGACAUCCUGGUGACACAUGACCUCGCCGUGAGGUAUCACGCGCUUCUCAACCGGAGCUACGUCGAGGACAGGGACAAAUUGAAGUGGUGUCCGGCCCCGGACUGCCAGAAUGCCGUAGAGUGUGGCGUGAAGAAGAAGGACCUUGAUAAAGUCGUUCCGACCGUCGCUUGUCUCUGUGGCCACCGCUUCUGCUUCGGGUGCAUUCUCAAUGACCAUCAGCCGGCUCCGUGCGAGCUGGUUAAGAAAUGGCUCAAGAAAUGUGCGGACGACUCGGAAACGGCAAACUGGAUCUCGGCGAACACCAAGGAAUGCCCCAAGUGCAACUCCACGAUCGAGAAGAACGGUGGUUGCAACCACAUGACUUGCCGCAAGUGCAAGCAUGAGUUCUGCUGGAUGUGUAUGGGACUUUGGUCGGAGCAUGGAACCAGCUGGUAUAACUGCAACAGGUUCGAGGAGAAGAGCGGGACAGAUGCCCGUGAUGCGCAGGCGAAAUCUAGGGUAUCGCUGGAACGAUAUCUCCACUACUACAACCGUUACGCCAACCACGAGCAGUCGGCCCGCCUGGACAAGGACAUCUAUCAUAAGACGGAAAAGAAGAUGGUCCAGCUCCAGAAGGAGUCGGGCAUGUCAUGGAUUGAGGUCCAGUAUCUCAACUCGGCCUCCCAGGCACUUCAGACCUGCCGACAGACCCUGAAGUGGACUUAUGCGUUCGCCUUCUACCUGGCGCGCAACAACCUGACUGAAAUCUUCGAGGACAACCAAAAGGACCUCGAGAUGGCGGUUGAGGCUCUUUCUGAGAUGUUUGAGAAGCCCGUUGGGGAGCUCUCAGACUCGAAGCUGAAGGUUGAUAUGAUGGACAAGACCGCAUACUGUAACAAGCGGCGUAUCAUACUGUUGGAGGAUACUGCAAACAACUUGGCAAAUGGUCAGGACAAGGACUUGUAUUGGUGUGCUAACAUAUCAACAGGAGCCUGGACUUUUAAUGUGGAUCUCGGUUCUCUCAGUGCCGCAGGAGGGUCUAACAAUCGUCGUUAG